AUGCAAUCAUUGAUGACGCGUAGGCCUCAGAGAGGUGGUUAUCGAGAAAGCUCCAUGAUGUCUAGUAAUGCAUAUAGACCUAGUGAGUGUAACAGGAUUCGUAGUACAUCCUCAACAGAUAAGUUACAAGAUGCAAGACAAACACGGUUUUGUUUUACACGUGUGCAAGAGGUGCAUACAGAAGUGAACUGUGAACCGGUGAGCAAGUUCAGUGAUAAGCUAAAUGUAAACUCCAGGUCUGACUCCGAAUUGUGUGACGAUAACGGUGCGGUGAAGAAGUCUGUAGUUGCAACUGGUGAGCCGUUGUUGAAUAGAGUGUCACAGAAUAGAGUUGCUGCUUCAGAGUGCAGUUCUGACCCUACAAGUUUACAGGGUAUUACUAGUCAGAGUGAAGUUAUAAAACCUUUUAUGAUUUGCGAGGAGGAACCAAAAUUGUCUACUUCUGUUAUUAAAGAGUUUGAAAAUGAUGAAGUUGACGGUAAAGUGAAUAUUUGUGAUAAUGACCAUGAUAGUGCAGAUUUGUCUUUGGUUGAUCAUGAUAAGAUGAGGGAUAUGCCUACUACUGCUAAGUUAAAUAAAGGUUCUGUGCAACUACAACGUGAAGUAGAAUUGAACGCAGAUGCAGUUCCAGAAGGUGUGCAUACUUGUGAGACAGUCAGUGUAAUUGAUCAGCGUGUAGCCCACCUAUCAUCAGAUGAUAGUGCUAAACCCGAAUUAGUAGUGAAAGACAGCAGUGGUGGUAGUCUUGCAGUUGGACAACUAUCUGAAAGCCGAAAAAGAACAGCUUCUGAUCCACCACUAAGUUCAUCACCUUGUGUCACUCAGUCAUCGUUGGUGCUGUCAUCCACAAUGAAACAGACACCCAUCAACUCAAGUAUCUUGUGCAAUGACUAUGGUAGUAUCAGUUCGUUUGAAAGGACGAAUAUCAAUGGUCAGUUUAGUGAGAAUAAGCCAAGUGUAAACGAGAGAGUAAUUGUUAAAUUGACUUGCACGAAUAAAGGCAUUUCUAGUUUCAAGUUACUAUUUGAAUGCUAUUAUCUUUGGUGUAAAUUACUCUGUGCCUACGCUUGGUUGAUGAGAUAUGUCGUGUGUUUGUUCGUCAUCUAUAUUCUACGAUACAAUGAUAUGAGCGUGUUGCCGUUCAGAUUUGAGGAUAUAGCUGAUAGAAGGAAGUCAGCAAAUGAACUCUGCGACGAUUUUCCAACCUAG